UCCUGCUUGGUUGGAAACACGCGCCCCAAUAAAGAUACCCCAAGAGAAAAUCGAAAUUGAGCUUCUUCAAGAAUUGACCUCCUUCCACCUUUCCUUUCUCUUCGCUUCCUUUCCGCUUUCUCUCAGUUUCCUUUUGUAUUCUUCUGAUUCUCUUCGUAAAUCUGUUAACAAAUUCCUGUAAAUAAUCAUUGGUGAAAUUCUGAAACUCGUUUUUGAUUGCAUAGAUCGUGGUUUGAGCAUUGUAUUUGAUCACUAAGAUAUGUCAUACGCUUAUCUCUUCAAGUAUAUCAUCAUCGGAGAUACAGGAGUAGGAAAAUCCUGUCUUCUUCUUCAGUUUACUGACAAGCGGUUUCAGCCGGUGCACGACCUUACCAUAGGCGUGGAGUUUGGAGCCAGGAUGAUCACCAUCGACAAUAAGCCUAUUAAGCUCCAAAUAUGGGACACGGCGGGUCAAGAAUCCUUUAGAUCUAUUACAAGGUCCUACUACAGAGGGGCUGCCGGUGCAUUGCUUGUCUAUGAUAUUACCAGGAGGGAAACCUUCAAUCACUUGGCUAGCUGGCUGGAAGAUGCAAGGCAGCAUGCAAAUGCAAACAUGACAAUUAUGCUUAUCGGUAAUAAGUGUGAUCUUGCUCAUAGGAGGGCAGUGAGCACAGAGGAAGGAGAACAGUUUGCAAAGGAGCAUGGGUUAAUCUUUAUGGAGGCAUCUGCAAAAACUGCUCAGAAUGUUGAGGAGGCAUUUAUAAAAACUGCUGCAACAAUUUACAAGAAGAUUCAGGAUGGAGUAUUUGAUGUAUCAAAUGAGUCUUAUGGAAUAAAAGUUGGCUAUGGAGGAAUACCAGGGCCAUCAGGUGGCAGGGACGGUUCUUCUUCUCAAGCCGGAGGCUGCUGCAAUUGAAAUUUCGGAUCUCGUGCAAAAAAUGGAUUGCAAGCUGUCUAUGUCUCUUAUAGUUUCUGUAUUCCUCUUGGUUCUUUCUGAUUUUCUCCCGCUGAAUGUUAGAACUCGUUCCCCGUGCUUGUGAAGAUAUUGUAUAAUCCUCAACCCUUUGAUUUAUUUGUCUAUUUCUUUGUAAAUUUUAAAGUGUUAGUUUCUUCCUUUCUAUUUGGUUAACUGACUUGCACGUUUCUACUAAGUAAAAAGAGAUUUUUUUUUUU